GCCAUAGGGCAGAACAACGAGAGGAAUCAAAUAUAGAAGGAGAAAACUGCUCAUUUAGGUCUUUGAAAACAAAACGUACAGCAUAACAUUGUGGUGUGGCAUAUCGCCAGACGUGACGCUUUCAUCUGCUUUUUAUUAUAGUUUAUCCUAAUAAACAGACAUUUGCAACUGAAAAAAAUGCCUCCACCUCGAGUAAACAAGAGAUCUAAGAAUGAAACCACCACAAAUAACAACACGGGCACUCUCGACGACCCUUUGAAAUUCUUGGAUCAGGACUACCAGGAGUUGAAGAAGCUCUGCAUCACAAAUCUAAAGAGAUUUGUUGAUGACAAGUUCCCACCAGACAGCAGCUCCAUUGACCCAAAGAACAAACUUAAAAUGAAUCUGGACCAAAUCGAGUGGUUGAGACCAUCAAAAAUAGUGUCAGACCCUCAGCUUAUUGUACAGGGGGUGUCAAGGUUCGACUAUUCCCAAGGAUCUUAUUUAGGAAACUGCUGGUUUUUAGCUUCAGUUGGGGCUUUAACAUUUCAGAAGGAAAUCAUGGACCAGAUCAUGCCAGCUGACCAGUCAUUUGGUGAAGAUUACGCAGGGAUAUUUCACUUCAGAUUCUGGCGGUUUGGGAAAUGGAUUGACGUGGUCAUCGAUGACAAACUUCCAACAAUCAAAAGAAAGCUCAUUUUUGUACAUUCAAAGACAUCUAAUGAGUUUUGGCCUGCCUUACUGGAGAAAGCCUAUGCCAAGGUGUGCGGCUCCUAUGCUGACAUGCAUGCUGGUCGUGUAUCUGAGGCUCUGCUGGACUUCACCGGCGGCGUCCAUAUAUGCCUUGAACUACAAAAACCUGUUAUUGAUUUGUGGAGUCUGAUGGAACGUGCAGGGAAAUCUAAGGCUCUGAUGGCCUGCGGCACCCGUCAGGGGAAAAAAUCUGAGGAUAUAUUACCUAAUGGUAUUGUUCAAGGCCACGCUUAUUCAGUGACGGGAGUUUUUAAGGUAACCUGUCAAGGAAAACCAGUAAGGCUGGUGAGACUGUUGAAUCCAUGGGGAAGAGAAGAAUGGAAAGAUGCCUGGAGUGACGAGUCAUUAUUGUGGAACAAAGUGAGUGAGAAGGAGCGAAAAAUGUGUCGUUCUUUGGCCAAUGAUGGGGAGUUCUGGAUGUCAAUGGAGGACUUCACCAAAUACUUCGAAGACGUUGAUAUUUGUUGCCUCAGACCUGAUUUUCUGGACAAUUCUUCUAAAUGUACUUGGACAACUACACAAUACAAUGGUAUCUGGGAAUCUGGGACUACAGCUGGUGGCUGCAGCAAUAAUAAAGAGACUUAUUGGACAAACCCUCAGUUUCGGGUGAGGAUUGAGAAGCUUGAUGAGGAAUGUGCUAAAGGCCAGUGUCCUGAAAACAUACUGGUGUCCCUCAUGCAGAAACAUGAAAACAGAUACAGAAGUCUUGAUUCUGACUACCCCAUUGGCUUCGAUGUUUAUCUGAUUCCACCAGAGGCAAGUAAAAUACAGUUCAAGCUCAAUAGUAUUAAAAACAUUAUAACCACAUGUGUUUUGCUUUGUCAAUAAAUAAAUUACUUGAUAUGUAUAAUAAUAUUUCAUUAUUCUUUAGUUGAAAGAUGAAAAGUUCCCUGCCAAGUUCUUCUACCGCAGAAGUCCUGUGGAAAGUAGUGGGAACUUCAUCAGUACAAGACAUGUGAUGAAAUUCUUCAAGCUUGAACCAGGAGAGUAUCUCAUUGUGCCCUCUACUUAUAAUCCUAAUGAGUGUGCAAAAUUCAUGCUGUCCAUCUUCACAAAGAGUGAAUCGCAUAGGAGAAGAACUAAACCUCCGAUGACAUAUGUGUGAGGUUAUUAUAAAUACUGUAAGUGUUUAGCUCAAAACAACACUUUAACAGUUCAUGGUCAGGUCACCCUCCUACUUCUUUCACCAGUUUACCAGUCUAGAUUUUUUAUUUCUGUAACCACUCAAAUAUGAUCUUUUUCUUCUGCACCCUUUCUCUUCAAUAUUUUGUUAAUCUGUGAAAUUUUACCAUUGUUGUUUGUUUGUGAGGUUUUUGAUCUUCUGUCUCACUGUAACUGUAUGAAUGAAUACAACUUAAUUCUGAAAUGUACACUACGAAACAAUAAUAAAGACCCUUAUUAUUAAAAACUUUAUGUAAUCGAUUUUUAUAUUUUUUAAUUUUUAUUUAAUGAUUUACAAUUUUGUGACGACUCACAGGGGAAGUUUGUAAACUAUAUUGUUCCAAAUCUAGUUCUUUAUUAAAUAUUAUUAUAAUUUUACUCCAUUUAGCAUCUGGAGUUGUGAGUAGACUGUAGCACUGUAGGUUCUUACCCUAGAGGGCAGUAGUUUACUAAAUAAAUAAUGGGCGUCGCCACACAGAAACAUACGAGCACAGGAGGGUGUUUACAGCUGAUACUGAGAUCCUUCUCUUGUGACACAGAACACAACACAAGUAGUCAGCCGAUCGCUGUCUAUGUACAUCUGUAACGUGAGUCUUAAAUGCGUCUCCUUGGUGGUACGA